AUGACUUUCUCUGAAAGGAUGUAUAAUGCUUUUAUAUACAUUGCAUUGGUGAUUGCUCCAGGCUACGUACCGCCGGUUACAGAUAUCGCCAAAUACACGUCGAAUAAACCACCAAUAACAGCAGAUCAACUGGUAUCGAAAGCUUCAUUUCAUUUAGUGACAACUGAUUUUCUCAUUGACUAUCCCAGACCGUCUUUGCCACACGUUGCAUUUGUUGGAGGGACAUCUACCAAGCCAUCUAAACCUCUCUCGGAGAGGUUUCAGACAUUCGUGGAUUCGAGUCAAUAUGGUGCUGUAAUCGUAUCAUUUGGAAGUGGGUGUGCUGGUUUUCUUCAUGAAAGAAUUGAUACUUUUGUGGAGGCAUUUAAAAGACGCAUUGACUUAAACUUUGUCGUUAAAUAUGGAGUUUCAGAAUACAUUGAUGGUAAUAUCAUGUUCACGCCCUGGAUACCCCAAAAUGAUCUUUUAGGUCACCCCAAGACUGUUGCAUUCAUGACUCACUGUGGUAACAAUGGUCAAUUUGAGGCCUUAUAUCACGGCAUUCCGAUGAUAGGGAUUCCACUAUGUUGCGAUCAGUUCUAUAACUGUAACCGUAUGAGGCAGAAAGGAUAUGGUGUUGUCCUCGAUUUUUGCCUAUUUACUGUCAAUGAUAUCAUGAAAGCUUUACUGGACGUAACAACACAGAAGAACUACGUAAUCAAUAUAAAGAAUGCUUCAACGAUUUUCCGUGGUCGGUCUGAGAGUCCACUACAGCGAGCUUCCUAUUGGGUAGAUCACAUUGCCCGCUUUGGAGACAAGUUUGUCCACUCGUACUCAGUCGACAUGCCCUGUUACCGUCUUAUCGACGAGUCUUGGUGCGUGUUCUGUAGUGUGAUGGAGGCUGCCAUUGUUGUGAGAGUGCGCAUGUACGGAGAGUGA